AUGGCCCCGUCUGUUGCUGAGAGUGCCUCACCGAUUGGCAUUGCCAACCUCCCUAACCAGCGACACAAGAUUGUUGCGAAGCGAGGUGCAGCCUUCACUAUUAUGGUUGCUGGCGAGUCGGGCUUGGGCAAGACCACCUUCAUCAACACCCUCUUCUCCACCACCAUCAAGAACUAUGCGGACCAUAAGCGCCGCCACCAGAAGCAGGUCGACAAGACCGUCGAGAUCGAGAUCACCAAGGCCGAGCUGGAGGAGAAGUUCUUCAAGGUCCGCCUCACCGUUAUCGACACCCCUGGAUUCGGUGACUAUGUCAACAACCGUGAUUCGUGGAUGCCCAUCAUCGAGUUCCUCGAUGACCAGCACGAGUCGUACAUGUUGCAGGAGCAGCAACCCCGCCGCCAGGACAAGAUCGACCUCCGAGUCCACGCUUGUCUCUACUUCAUUCGCCCUACCGGCCACACCCUCAAGCCUCUUGACAUCGAGGUCAUGAAGCGACUCUGCUCCAGGGUCAACCUCAUCCCCGUCAUCGCCAAGGCUGAUACCCUCAGCCCUGCCGACCUUGCCAAGUUCAAGCAGAGGGUCCGUGCCGUUAUCGAGGCCCAGAGCAUCAAGAUUUACCAGCCCCCCAUCGAGGAGGAUGACGAUGCUGCUGCCCAGCACGCCCGAAGCCUCAUGGCCGCCAUGCCUUUCGCCGUUAUCGGUUCCGAGAAGGACGUCAAGACCAGCGACGGCCGCAUCGUUAAGGGCCGACAGUACUCGUGGGGUGUUGCCGAGGUCGAGAACGAGGACCACUGCGACUUCAAGAAGCUCCGCUCCAUCCUCAUCCGCACGCACAUGCUCGACCUGAUCCACACCACCGAAGAGCUCCACUACGAGGCCUACCGCGCCCAGCAAAUGGAGACGCGCAAGUUCGGCGAGGCCCGUCCCCGAAAGCUCGACAACCCCAAGUUCAAGGAGGAGGAGGAGAUGCUCCGGAAGCGGUUCACCGAGCAGGUCAAGAUUGAGGAGCAGCGCUUCCGACAAUGGGAGCAGAAGCUUAUCGCCGAGCGUGACCGCCUUAACAAGGACCUCGAACAGACCCACGCCCAGAUUAAGCAGCUGGAGCUCGAACUCGAGCAAAUGCAGGGCAGCGCUGUCCGCAGCCACGGUCGCCGCUAA